AUGAUAUUACAGGGCAAAGUGGAGAUGGAAAUGAUUUUGGUACCUAUUGCAGAAGCCGAGGAUAAACCCGUGGGAAAAGGUUGGGAUUCGCCUGAUCCCCUUCCGCCACCAGACCGACCUGACACCUCAUUUUCCUGGUUUCGUAAUCCUUGGAAAGCAUUCUACUUCGUGGUCUGCCGCUACUACAAAUGGAAAAUGAUUUGCUGCUGCUCAACGUUCCUGUUCAUUUUGUUGUUUUGCUGCGCCCUUUAUGCGUUCCCCGGUUACCUUGUUAAGAGAAUAUUGGGUGCUUAA